AUGGUCAAUAUGGUGGGCUUUCAAUGGGGCCCGAACAGCAGAGGGACCAUGGAUAUCAUAUGGAGCUGCUUCCUCGUGCUGGUCCCGGCGCUGUGGACCGUCGUGCACACCAACGUCCCAGCGGCCGGCGAGACCUUUUGGAGCUUGAUGCUGCGGCGGCUCCGCUGGGCAUGCAUGUGCAUCUUCAUCCCCUCCAUGCUCACGAUGGUGGCCGGGGCGCAGUGGGACUCGGCAUGCAAGUCUGUCAGGAAGAUGCAAAAGCUGCCGCAGUUGCGUGGCCAGCCGGCUAAGUGGCGCAUAGCCCACGCCUUCUAUGCCAACAGUGGAGGCUUCCUCCUGCAGUGCCCCGACUGCGAACCCUUCCCCGUCAACGCGGCAUCGAUCUAUUACCUCGUCUCACGGGGCUACAUCAGCCUCCCUGAGUUGUCUACAGAUAUGAUCAGGGACAAGUCCAAAGCCGGACACUUCGCCAAGGCCUUUGCUAUUUCCCAGGGCCUUUGGCUUGUGCUGCAGAGCAUCGCUCGUGCGGUCCAAGGUCUGCCCAUCACUCAGAUCGAGUUGUUCACCCUCGGCUCCGCUGUGUCGACCGUCAUGCCGUAUUGCUUUUGGUGGCAGAAGCCACAGGAUGUCAGCACCGCAAUGACAAUUUCUUGUUUGUACAGUGUGGCGAAGAUUAGAAAGGACGCUGGGCUCCCAUCAGAGGAAUGGCAGCGGACCCCGCUAGACUGGGUUGAGGAGGAGGGCUGUAUGUGGACGAGGCGAGAGGUAUUCAGCCAGUUCGGUCUGGGGAGGGUAGGGGCUGCUGAGAAAGACGAGGAGGCUCAUCCGAGGAAGCGGGACGGCGGGACCCAGGAUAGUUUCCUCUCCAAGAGUCGACAGCGUCCUCUCCAGCGCAUCCCCAACGACGCAAUCCUCGCUCCAGCCGAUCCGCCGAACAAGGUUCUUGUCGCCAUCGCCCUCUCGUCUGCGGUACACUGGUGCAUCCACCUCAUGGGCUGGAACCUGGCUUUUCCCACCAUCGCGGAACGACAGCUUUGGCGUGCAUCGGCUGUGGUGCAGGCAGCCACGACGACCCUGACUAUCGUCACGACGCGGGUGGUGGGCGCUGCGGGAUAUUCAGGGAGGUUCAGCCUUGCCUUGAUCUGGGUGAAUGCAUCCAAAUCUCAACCUCAAGCUGGGCCUGACAAGAAGGGGAACAAAAAACGGUGUUGGUCGGGCCCCACCACACUCCCGGAUGUUGUGGUAACGCUGGCCACGGUGAUAGGUGUGCUCGCAAAAUUGCUCCUCAUGAUAGAGGUCGUCAUCAGCUUCAGGUCGCUGCCGGAAGGGGUCUAUGACUCGGUAAACUGGCUCACCUUCAUACCACAUGUGUGAGCCCGGGGUUCAUGCCACACUUCUUUCUUAGUUCUUCCCUCUCAAUUCGUAAAACCAAACGUGCGAAGAUGUAUUGAACCGAACUUCCUGGUUGUAACAAGGGAUCGGUGAGCAA